CGGGAUUAGCCAUUCUCGCACACCGCCCAUACCCAUCCUAAACAGACUUGACAUGGCAACUCCUACAACGCCAACGAGGACAACGACAUUCAACCCAACAACCCCAAUCGCAACACCUGCAGCAAUCAAACUCGGAAACUCGCAGGUUCUCCAGUCCUCGCCGCACUACACCACCACACGAAGACACUCACUCUAUGGCACUGAAGACCGUGUUGUGAUUGAUCCGGGGUCGCGCAUCUGGAAAGUCGGCUUCAGCGGCGAGGGCAAGCCGCGCGAAGUAUUCUACGCCGAACCCGAGGGCUCGGGGUCGCUUUGGAACCUAGAGCGCGCCGCGGAUGUAGGGGAGAGGACGGAGGAGGACAGAACGCUCGAGGCGAACUUGGAGCGGUGUAUGCGAUUUGUGUUUCACAAGGCGCUGUUGACGGAUCCCAAGUCGCGCAAGAUCAUCUUGGUCGAGCAGCCGCUGAUGCCGAUAUACAUCAAGGAUAUGAUUGCGCGGAUUCUGUUCAAUAAUCUGCAGGUUCCUUCGAUAUCGUUUGCGUCGAGUCACCUCCUUUCGUUACUCUCGGUUGGGCGGAUAACGGGGCUGGUGCUGGACUGUGGGCAUCUAGAGUCAACAGCUUUGCCCAUAUUUGCCGCCCGUCCCCUGUACCCUCACCUACGCACCACUCCCCUUGCAGGCUCUCGCUUAUCCUCACACCUCCGCGCUCUUCUCCUUCUCUUUGGCACCUACCUCCCACCACCAUCCACCCUCAGCGCAGCAAUCAACGUCCCCGCCGCCAACCGCGCUACCCGUGUCCCACAGGAAGUCCUCACCGACGCAGUCAUUGAAGACAUCAAGACCCGCCUCUGCUUCGUCAGCGAAGCGCUUCCACUCACGCCCGGCCCCACGCGCCUCGGCAGCCCCACGUCGGGCGUCGGCGACGACGCGUCCGACUUCCCCCCACCGCCCAGCUCGGAUGCGCCCUCCGAAACCGAAUCCGCGGGGUUCGAGCACGCAAGUGCGCCGGGGACAAGCGCGAGUGGUGCCGAGAGUGCUGCUGUAUCGGAGGAGUUCUCGGUCGUGUCGCACCCGGCUCCGCACGCGGGGAGCACUGCGCAGCAUCAGAGCGGGACACAGGCGCUGGCGAUGAUGUAUAUGCGGCAUUCGGCUGCGACGGACGUGCAUCUCCGGGUUGUGCCGCCGCUCGCGCAGCAGACGGGUACGGGACGCGGGACGCUGAUUGUUCCUGGAUGGAUAAGAGAGAGGGCGGCGGAGGUGCUGUUUGAGGGCGGGGAUGUGGAUGAGAGUAGCGUUGCGGAGGUGGUGUUGGAUGCGUUAUUGAAGGCGCCUGUCGAUCUCAGACGGACACUGGCUUCUUCCAUCCUCGUCGUGGGCGGCACACCUAUGUUGUCUGGGUUCAUCCCGCGGCUACAGGCCGAACUCGUCCGUGCCGUCGGACCACGUCCAUCGCAAUCCCAGACGCACUCGGCCCCUGGGACACCUCGACACAAGCGGCCUCGCCCUGCGGCGAACGACCGAUAUGCGCCUCUUCGUCCACUCCUGCGCGAUUUCGCGAUUCUCAACAACCCAGCUCCGCGUACGGCUACUGGUGCUUCAUCACGAGCGAUCGCCAACGCAGGUAAGGCACCUGCGUUUGCGCCUGCUACCAUGGCGUGGGUCGGGGGGUCGCUGGCUGGCUCUCUCAAAACCGGUGGUGUCGAGGUUCCCCGCGAGAAAUGGGACGAGUCAACGGAUCCGAAUGAUGAUAUGGACGAGGACGAGCUGAUUAUGGCACCUGCGGGGAGGGACGCUGCUGGGAUGAAUGUCAUACCGGACUGGACACGGUCGGCGCUUCCCAUUGGAGCACCUCCUGCAGUCGUGCACAGGCUGGCUGUAGAGACGGUUGAGCAGGCGCCGCCUAUGGUCGAGGUCACUUAG